AUGAACCGCUGCCUUCUCGAUGUUCUACCAGCUGAGAUAUUUCAUAUUAUUUUUAACUAUUUUUGGGCACACGAAAUUUUCACAAUAUUUUCCGAUGUAAGCCCUUACCUCAAUGCUGUUUUAGUUUCCUAUUCCAGCUAUCAAGUUAACUUUCGAUCAAUCCUAAAGCCCCAUUUUGACCAUAUCUGUCGUGUUCUGCGACCAGAUCAAAUUCUUUCACUAAUACUUUCUGACUCCUAUGGUACACCACACCAAUCUGAACUAUUCUUAUCUCAUUAUCGAGCUGAUUCAUUCACUCGACUUCGAUCACUUACAUUGGACAAAAUUGAAACGAAAUCGUUGGUCAUCAUUCUUCGCCAAAUACAGAAACUAAAUCGACAUGUCCGACUUUCAUUGCACAAUUGUGAUAUCAGUCCACUAGUUUCGAUUGAAAUAUCAUCUCAACUACAAUCGUUGAAAAUCGGCAGUAGCAAUUCAAAAAAAUCGAGAGUUCCACUAUCGGUAUUCAACACCAAAAGUUCAACACUACCUACUGAUGAUUUUGAGCAUAUUUGUGAAAAUGCAUCGCAACUUCAAUCGCUACAUGUUCGAUGUGAUGAUACGAUCGCAAUCAUUCGUUCUUUGUUGAAAUUACCUCAGCUUACUCGUCUUGUUCUUGAAAUUACAGGUAAACACGGCUGGACUAUGUAA